ACGGAUGGGGACCUCGACAAGUUGAAAGGGUGCAUCGAGUUGGGUUUUUUGUUCGACCAUGAACAUGAGGACUGCACUCUCUACAAUAAUUUGCCUACCCUUGAUCUCUACCAUGCUAUGAACAUCUUCGAUGGCCAUUCUUCAUCGUUUGGGAGCCCCAAUUCAUCCGAAUCAUGGAACAUAUUCACUCAUGGGGACAACCUUCAGUAUGUGAAGACGAGGUUAAGGCAUUGGGCACAAGCAGUUGCCUGUUCAGUCAGGCAAAUUUGUUAG